AUGAUUGCUGCUGGUUAUGACACUGAACAUUGGUUUCGCGAGAGAAAUGAUAAACUCUGGCCUGGUCAAGACUUUGGUCUUGAAAUCGAUGAAAUUCUUCAUCAUCAACGAUCAAAGUAUCAAGAUGUUCUUGUCUUCAAAAGUAAAACUUACGGCAAUGUGCUCGUGCUAGAUAAUUGUAUUCAAUGCACUGAACGUGAUGAGUUUGUCUAUCAAGAAAUGGCUGCCUUUCUACCUUUACUUGCACAUCCAUGUCCGAAGCGGGUUCUAAUUAUCGGUGGAGGUGAUGGUGGUGUUCUUCGUGAAGUUGUCAAACAUCCACAAGUCGAAGAAGUUGUUCUUUGUGAAAUCGAUCAGGUAGUUUUGAGAAAAUAUAUUUGA